AAAGUAUAUCUCUCUCUCUCUCUUUUUCUCUCUCCGUUCGAUCCUCUCUCUCUCUCUCUCUCUGUCCACCGCUGCUCGAGAUCAAAAAGACUGAAUAUCAAAGAGAGGCAAGAUGUUGGGAGUGAGUCAACCGGGAAAUCCACCCUCGAGCCUGCGACACUCGGCGAGUUUCUCCUGUUUGCAACGCGGUACCGCGAGCGAGGGGCACAGGGCGAGGACCUCGACGCUUCUCCAACAGCCGAGCCUCCAGCUGAGCAACAGCCAUCACCAAUACACGCCCGGCCAGGCCGCGUCGUCCCUCCUCCAACAGUCGACGGGGACCGUUCAACAUCGCAUCGAGGCGUUGGAAGCCGUACAAGACGCCGGCAACGAUUACGGUUUCGUGAAGUUACGCCCACGUCUGCGUAGCACGAACGCGACACUCCACUACGAGGAGGAAUUGGCCGCCCAGAAGAACGCUAUAUGGGAUAGGGACGCGUCGGCAUUCAGCGACCGCGAGUGCGACGCCAAUUACAGGGACCCGUCCCUCAAGAUCAAGGAUAACAGGGAACACUCGCCCAAGGGUGCGACGAAUUCGAAGAAUCAGAACCCGCUCAGAGGCGCCCUCAUACUGUUCACCUCGACUUCGUCCUGGUGGAAGGCCAGGCAACGGGAGGAUCAGCUGAACGCCGCGGAUCAUCGCUCGUUCGCCUCGACUACAGGCGUGGCGUUGACCUCUUCCGAGCGAAAGUGGUCGAGCACCUCGAUGGCGUCACCCUCGAACGAAAGAAAGUGGCCCUCGGUGGUCACCUCGCCCACCAACGAUCGGAAAUGGUCCGUGGGCAACAACAGCAACAACAACAACAACAACGGUAAUAACCCUUUGACGUCGCCGGGUAACGAGAGGAAGUGGACCACCACGAGAUCGUCCGUCUCGUCGAACUCGAACUCGGGUCAACAGGACAGGAAAUGGCGGUCCCUCGGCGCCCUGUUAAGGGCCCCGACCGCCACCACGCCCGCCUCGCACGCCGUCCAACACUCCUUGUCCCACAACAUGAGCGUCUCGAUGAUCGAGGGCGACCACUUCAGGGAGGACUCGGCGCGCGGCUCAGCUUGCAAGUCGACGCGUUACCAACAGCCCACCUCGUAUUCGGCUCGCGUGUCCCGCGUGAGCCGGGACAUUUACAGGGAGAACGGCGGGUCGGAGUUCGGCCAGGCGGGGGGGAGAUCGAAGGUGAGCCGCAGGUUGUACCAGGAGGAUUGCUUGGACAGGGACACGGUGGAGGAGAGACACGUGCAGCAGGCGAGACACCAGUUCGACGAGGAGUGCAGGGGCCGCGCGAAUCGGGAGAGUAUCUGUAAAACUGAGCAGCAGCAGCAGCAGCAGCAACGAGAGCAGCAGGCAGUUAACGAGAGCGGUACGCGUAGCACGGCUUCGACGACGACAACGGCGAGAUCGAACCGGGCUCAAAGCUUUUAUCUUCUCGACGAUUUCCUGCGGCCCCAGCCCCAACAGAGUAACAACAACAAUAACAACAAGUGUAUGCUGAACGUUUAUCUGUCACCGUCGCACGCCGCGUCGAAGUCUACGUGUGGCAGUAAUGGCAACGAUCUGCUACACUCGGCGGCGGGUAGAUCGGCCGACCAGGUGAAACACCAGGUCUCGCAGGGGAACGCGAACGUGACGAACAUCACUCCGCCGCGGCGCCAUAACUCUAGCUCGGAUAGCCUCGAGGUCGCGACUAGCCCGCUUCCGCCGCCUGUCCCGCCUCCGCCGCCUCAGGUGACCGCAACCCGUGACAGGGAGAGGGCAGAGAAUUUCAAAGAGAAGGACGUGUGCCAGUGCAAAGUGUGCUGGACCAAUAUGCAGCAGCAAAGAUGUUUCGUAGAAGAGAGUCCUGGAACGCUGCACAAAGAUGUCGGUGGUGCUGGUACCAAGGUCAGCGGAAAGACGGUCGGCGGUGUCGGCACUGCAACCCUUACCACGCUCUCUUCCAUUAAUAAUACAUCCAAUACCAGCCGGAACAAGAACAAUCCCGUAUCUCAAGAGAAAUUACUGUCAUUCUUUCAUCCCAAAACGACGCGAGUGGACAAGUCCGACAACAACAACACAACCAAUUCCACCACCAACAAUAUUCACAACAACCUGCCGAUACACGAGCCUAUCAACGCCACAUCUCACGAUGUAUAUCCUGGGAGAUUGCCAAUGACAGCUCCAGAAGCUCUCAAGUAUUAUGGUUCGAGGCUCACCGAAUUUGAGCGCAACGAAAUCGAAAAAUACUCAGAGAUUUGGUACCUUGGUCUGUCGGCCACGAAAAUUCAUGGCGAGGAGGGCUCAUCCCAAAAUGGUGGAUACGACGACGAAAACGGUAGUUACAACAAGGUCUUCCACGAUCAUAUCUCGUACAGAUACGAGAUAUUGGAGGUGAUCGGGAAAGGAAGCUUCGGACAAGUGAUCAGAGCGUUGGAUCACAAGACAGGACAGUACAUUGCCAUCAAGAUCAUCAGAAAUAAAAAGAGAUUCCAUCAUCAAGCGCUCGUCGAAGUGGAGAUUUUGGAACAUCUCAGGAAGAAAGAUCUAGAGGCGAAUGCGUCGCACAAUGUGAUACACAUGCUAGAAUACUUCUACUUCAGGAAUCAUUUGUGCAUCACCUUUGAGUUAAUGAGUUUGAAUUUAUACGAGCUAAUCAAAAAGAAUAACUAUAAGGGAUUUAGUCUGAGCCUAAUACGACGAUUCGCCAAUUCGUUAAUUAGCUGCCUGAGACUGCUGUAUCGAGAGAAGAUAAUUCAUUGCGAUUUGAAACCUGAAAACGUGCUUCUGAAACAGCGGGGAAGCAGCUCGAUUAAGGUGAUAGACUUCGGAUCCUCGUGUUACAGCCAUCAGCGUGUAUAUACAUACCUUCAGUCCAGAUUUUAUCGAAGUCCAGAAGUGAUUCUGGGUCUUCCAUACGGUACCCCGAUCGAUAUGUGGAGUUUGGGUUGCAUUCUAGCCGAACUCUAUACCGGUUGUCCUUUGUUCCCGGGCGAGGAUGAAAUUGAACAACUUGCCUGCAUUAUGGAAGUUCUUGGCCUGCCACCGGAACAUAUUAUUAAUCACGCAUCCCGUCGCAGGCUUUUCUUCGAUCCGAAGGGAAGUCCUCGAUGCGUGACAAACAGUAAGGGCAAGAAGAGAUGGGCUGGUAGCAGGAAUCUUGCCAUAGCUCUUCGUUGCACCGAUACACUUUUCGUCGACUUUGUUCGCAGAUGCCUCGAGUGGGAUCCAAAGAAACGCAUGACCCCCGACGAGGCGAUGCGUCACGAGUGGCUGAACUCGUCCUCCUUUCACGUGAGCUCCUCGACGUCGACGAUAGCCGCGUCGACGGUGAACGCGAACACGAACGCGAACGCGAACACAACGAGCAUGGAAACGUCGUCGCAAUCCGCCCACGCUCAGACAGUUAGCGUGACAGUAAGCGCGCCCAGGCAACGGGCGACCACUGUCGAGGAUCCCCCUUACACGAUGUAUCGUUUGUGCAAAGGUCGUAAGUACGUGCAGAGGAUCAGCACGACCGAAAACACCGACAACGCAGGCCUCGUAGUGAAGAGUAAGCUGAACGGAAGCGCGAGCAGCCACGCGCUCGCGAGUAGCACGCAGACUACUACCUCGAGGCACGCCUCGACCGGCGAUAUCGUCGCGAGUCUGGACCCAAAUCUCGACGAUUCCGGUACGUUUUUACCGCCGAUAUUGUGAAAUCGGUUUUGCGCUACCCACUUCUAGAUGCUUUCGCGCGUACCGUGUCGCGAUCGAACAGCACUCGCUCUCCAAUCUACACCGAGAUGAUAUAUAUGUAUAUAUAAAUGUAUAUAUUUAUUAUUACAUAUAUAUAUUUAUAUAUAUAUAUAUAUAUAAAAAAAGGAAAGAAAUUGUUUAUACGUAAUUAAGAAUGACAAGCGUAUAUUGGCCCCUUUUUUGUGGAACGAAUAACGAGAUUGGACGGUUGAUUUGAUUACGACAAUAAAAGCAAAUCAUGUACAUACAAAUGGCACGGCCAAUCGUGCCAAGUUACACAAGACCAAAAAUAUAUAAAUUCGGUUUACGAAUAUCCGUUAUAAAACGAUGAUGAUUUUUCUCGUUGAUGUAGUUAAUCAAGCCAAUUCAUUGAGUAGGAAUUUUUUAUUUUCGAUAUCCGGUGUGCUCGAAGAGUGAGAGGAAAUCACUCUUGGGACAUGAUACAUGACAUCGAGGCAUGUAGAAUUGGCUGGCUGUGGAUCUGGCCCGAUCAUGUUGUCGACGCCAAAAGGCUAGUCUAGUGUUUUCCCUUGCUAGUCUCUCAGCGUGUAUCGAGCUACAUAUACGAGGCCAAAACAAUUUUUGACGAAGACGCGCGCGUGUCACGAACACAACGAGCAUGAUUUUUAAUUAUAGUAAAAAACGGGGAACGCGGUUGUUUCUAUCCGUUCUAGCCGCGACUGACAAAAAAAAAAAAAAAAAAAAAAAAAAAAAAAGAAAGAAAGAAAGAAAAGAAAGAUAUGAUCCCGGCGGCCCGACGUCACUCAGGUAAUAUCGUAAACGACGCGCGUGCACCGAUAUCGUAGAAGUCGAUCGGAAAUAGAAGUUUGUUCCCUAUAAUCCGUUUGUCCAUAAGACACUCGUCCCUUAAUCUAAACACUUCCAAGUGUUAGCGAGAAUUUUACAACUUUAGUCGACGAUGCGUUUUUGCAAAUCGCGUUAAGAAAGAAGAGAUCGUUUGCAAAAAAAAAAAAAAAAAAAGAGAGAGAGAAACACUUCUUCCAACGAUAACAAAGAUCAUUCAGUAUAUUGUUCACCGAAAGUUUUAAAAUGGACGAAACUCCUCAGUCGCGCACAGUUGUCCUGUGUUAAAACAAUUCAUAGAACGUAUAUAUAAUUACGUAGGCGCAAUACGAUCGUCGCGAUUAGUAACGUUGUAAGAAAAGUUCGAUUCGCUAUCGACAGGCGCAAAUUAAUGUUAACGAUAUAUAUAUAUUAUAUAUAUAUGUAUACUAUAUGUAUACGAAGAAAUAUGUACGAGGAGAGAAUAGCGAAAGGGUGAAUGCGUUCUUAACAACGAUAUUUCCGCGCGAUUUUUCAUCGAGCAUUAUAUUCACAUUCAUAUAAUCGCGGUUGAAACGUGAAAGAAGUAGGAAAAGAAAAUAAAAGGAAAAAAAAAAAAAUAGGUAAAACCUGAGUCGUCUGAAACCCCGUGACAACAGGGUACCGAUUAAUAAUGAAACGUCAAGGCAAACCUCGGUGAGAGAGGGAGAGAGAGUGUGAGAGAGGGAGAAAGAGAGAGAGAGAGAGAGAGAGAGAGAGAGAGAGACGAUGCUCCUGGAGAUGAAGCGUGUGCCCCAGUUUCACGAGGCCUGAGUAGUCUUAUUGUGAUAUUAAUCUACCACUGUCUUUUACGUAGAUCUCUGAUAUUAAGAAGUAAACGAUCGCUAUAAUUAAUGAUUAUCUUUUUUCAUUCUAUACUAUCAAUCAUUAUUUUCUUAAUAUUGAUUUAUCGCUCUCACUAUUAUAGCAAGAUUAUAUAAUUACGAUAUUAACGAAGUUAUCCAAUGAAUAAUAACAGAGAUAACAUUAUGAUUAUUAUUAUUAUUAUUAUUAUUAUUAUUAUUAUUAUUAUUAUUAUUAAUAUUAUUAUUAUUAUUAUUAUUAUUAUUGUUGUUGUUAUUAUCAUAAGGAUUGUACAGAUUUAACGAAGCCUUUGAAAUCCAACACACCAUACAUUCGCUUCUUCGUUAACAUUUUUAUUUCUUUUUAUUUUUUUUCUUUCUAUUACAAUAGACGACUAAAAAAAAAUUGUCAAAUGCUUGAAAAUUCUUUACUACAUUUAUUUUCGCAUAAUUUUGGCUAUUAAUGUAAUGCAUAACAUCUUAAGCAGAAUUUUAUCUUUCUUUUUCUAUUAACCAAUUUUAAUUUUUCCCAAUUUAUUAUCUUGUUACGUUAAUCAAAUGUUAAUUAGAAAUUGUAUCUCUUCACUCAUCGGAAUGUAGGUUAUAAAAAUAUUAAAAUCGAAGUUCGUGUUACUUUUUAGUGUAAAUGCGAAGGAUUUGAAAGGAAGACUUCUGUACCGUGUAAUAUACGUUGCCUCGAUACACAUACACACACAUACACGCGUGCGCGAGAAGGAGAGGGAGAAGAAAAGAGUUUUCCCGCUCGGUGUUCAAAAAUCACAAUGAAAGUUCAACUAAAUGAGAAAGAUAUAUAUUAAUAGUUAUGAUAAAUAUCAUUAGUAUUAUUCGUAAUUGUUCGUUAUUAAUGAUUUUCGAUCCAUUCUUCCACAUAUUAUUAUUUUUUUUUUUUUUUCGUUUGGAUUGAAAUCAAGAUAUGGUCGACUUAGAAGAUAUAACGAGGUUACAAAAUUAAUUGGACAGAAAAUUGCAAAUGUUUAAACUUUCGAAACAGAACUUCAAAUAUUUAGAAGAGAUAAAGAGUUGGAAAUAUGAUGUCAAUUUGAAAUGAUUAAAAAUAAUUAGAUUUUUUUAAAUAUUUAAAACAAAAAACUAAAUCGUAAUUGAUGAUAAAUGAAGCAAAUUACAAUUAAAAGUUGAUUGACAGAUUUUUCUAUAUUAAUAUUUUUCAAUAAUCAUAAUUAUAAUUUUGAUUACACCUAGUAUAUUAAUUUAUAUCCUCGAUAUAUCUAUCUGAAUGAAGUAUUACCAUGUAGUAAAAAUUGCUUUUUAUGGGAAUAUAAAUGUAAGUUGUCUUCGUAAGUAUUUUGUCGAAAGGCAACGAUUUGGUAAUCAUGUACAAAAAAUGCAUGUACAGAAUAAUGGAAAAAAAAAAAAAGAAACAAAGGCAAACGAAAAAUAUUCAAUUGAUGAUAAAGAAGUGACGUAAAGACUGAAAUAAUAAAAAGUUAUUUUUAAAAUUUUAUUUAAAAGCAUAUAAAUUCGAUCAUUCAUAAAAUGUAUUCAUAAGAUACAUUUUUUUUUGCAUUGUACUUUUUUUUAUAUUUCGUUGACUAAACGAUCACAGCCCGAAAUGCAUUUUUUUUUUAUUUUUCCCGCGUUUUUCUUACAUUCAAAAAAAAAAAAAAGAAUUCGAUAAUCGAUCAACUGAUCGCAAUAAGGCGAUGACAUUUCGAUAAUCGAUUAACUGAUCGUAAUAAGGUGAUGACAUUGAUUUUUUCUCUAAAUAAUUUUGCAUAUUUCUUGUUUAAUUUUCAUAUGUUUAAAUAAUCAAAGUAUAUUUUAUUCAUUCAAACAUAUCUAAUUAAUAUCUUUAAGCAUUUGUUUAUUAGACUUGAGUUAAAAUCUUGUAUGUGGCAUAUAAUGGAAGACAACUUACACUAUGCAAAGAAUAUUUAGAAUAUAUUAUGAAAAAUGUUAAAAAAAAUAAUAUAGGAUAAGGUAUUUGAAAGAUAUGUGGAUAUCUUUAUUGUUCUCUAGUAUAGAAUAGUGAAAAUAAUUUUUUUAGUUAAAAUAUAUUUUAUAUGAAAUAAAAAAUAAAAAUUUCUAGAAUGUUUAAAUUUCAAAUUUACAAAUAAAUCAUAGUUGAAUACGAGCUAUAAUAUAUUAUAAACAAAUGUUAAAAAACUAAGAGAAAAUUUGUAAUGGUAAUUUUAGAGGUUAAAAGUAUUCAAAUAUUUUUUAUAUACCUUAUCCUAUAGAAACAGAAGCUCGUAUUACAUAAUAAAUGAUAUGUAAUAAAAUAACAUUAAUUUUUUAACAUAUUUACUAUGUCAAAAAUAUAUUUUAAAUAUUUCGUAAAUUCCGAAAUUUUAAAUUGAUCAGAGCGCGUAACGAACGGUUCUAAAUUCACAGGCGCCACCGGCACGAGAAAAAGAGAGAGCUGCCCACAGAAGCACUUUGUUCGACUAUAGUCAGAGCGACGAGUCCAACAUUUAACGAGUGUAGUAUCUAAACCACGUACAUAGAUCACACAUAACCUCACACACAUACAGACACAGAAUAAAUUUAUAGCGAAACAAGAAAUAUCAAAUUGUGUAUAAUAAUUAACAUUAAUAAAACUCGUGUGCGUCCGUAUGCAUAUGUGCGUGAGAACGAAAGAAGAAAAAGAAACAGAAAUAUCAGAAAGGAACACAGAGGGAAGAUAUAUUAGAUAUGUUAGAGAGAAUGUGUCCAGCGAGAAUGCGUUACAUUAUCGCAUAUACAUAUAUACAUAUACAAUUUUAAGUGUUAAGUAACCCACGCGGAAGCGAAAAAACGAGUUAAAUAUAGGAUAUUCAUUUAGAAAAUAGAGAAGACCGUUCGAACAACGUAGCUCCGAUACAUGGAGUCCCCUGUUUCCCAUUACUCUUCCCUUUGGUACUGUUCUAUUGUGUAAAGUCGACGAUUAAAUCGUUUAUAAAAUUUUCAAUUAGAAAAGAUUUAGAAAAGUAUCAGAAGAAAUGUUUUCCUUGAUAUAGAUUUAUAAUUAAAGUCUUAUAUAAGUCUUAUAUAUUAUAAUGACGAUCUGGUCAUUUGAUCUGUUCGAUGAAUUUAUUGUUCAAAUAUGAUUAACACAAAUAGACGUUCGAUAAACAUUGUUACGCUAUGACUACUGCUAUUUCAUAAGCAAGAAUAUAUAUACAUAUAGAUGUCAAGUGUUUAAAGUGUCCUAGAAGCAAAAAAAUUAUAAAUGCUUAAAUGAACAGCUUAAUUUUACAUCCAAUACCAAACAUUUAAUUGAGAAAUACUUUAUUCUCAUUUUAUAUCGGUUUUUAAACGAUUUAAUCGAAUCGAUUGAACACAUUUGACGCGAAAAAUUUAAGAGCACGAAAAACGUGAAAUUGAAUCGAUAAAUCUUUUUCUCUUUCAUUAUGGUUUUUCGUUCUCACGAGUUAUUCACGUCAAUUGUACAGUCCUCAAAUUUUUUAGUUGUGUUCACUAUAUUGUAUACAGUGGGAUCAAAUUACAUGCGUUAGGAUCGACUAAUCUACGUAAACUGAUCAUCUCAUGUUUAACAUGUCGCCGUGUAUUCGCGCAUGCGUACAUGUCUUUCGUGAAGUGAAAUUUGCCUAAAAAAUUUAAAUAAAAAUUAUUGAAGUAUACUUUCUUUAGAAAUAAACAAAAGUUAAAAAAAGAAAAAAAAGAAAGAUAUGGGACAAAGUGAUGUUUAAAUAAUCAAUUCAUGUAUCUUCUAAAACAAAAUUUCUUAUGUCAAAUAGUUCAAUUGGAUUGAGAAAGAAUCAUUACUCGUCUCGUAAUCCAACUUUAUCGGUUAAUAAUAACCGAAAUAAUGGACAUACAAGACAGUUACUUUCUAGUCCAAAAACAUGUUACGAAAAAAGGGGAUGGUCUAAAAAGGUCUAAACUCUACUAAAGAAUAAAAGGAAAGGCUCUCUUUCAGGCUUCAGCGUGGAAUGCUCUUAGUGUAUAUCUGUUAGGACAACGUGUAACUAAUUAUCGAGUUAACGACGUGAUUAGAUUUAUCAAAUUCAAUUAGAUAGUAACUGUGCAUAAAUGGCGAGAUCGUUGCCAUAGCCAUGACUGCGACCGUCCCUUUUCCCCCUCCCUUCUGGACAUAAUAUCGAUCCAUAAUGUUCGAUUAAUUCACAAAAUUAUCCUUGUGAUGAUUAAUUGUUCUUGCUUAGUGUAUCUCAAUAGGACAAUCACAAAUAAUUUUGUAUUAGUGUAUUACCAAAAUUACAGUUAAGCGUUUAUGGAAUUUCAAAUAGCGAAUAUUAUUUUUCUUUUUUUUUUUGUCAAAAUCCAAACAUUGAGGUUCUAUGCGCUGUUGCUGAUUGAGAGACUAUAACGGAAUUUGUAAAUUUUCUUCAUAUUGUAUGUUUCCGUCAUUGUCAAGUUCUCUUUAUAUAAUUAAAUUUCAUGUGGUUAAUAUAGAUCGUAUUUCUCGAAAUAAAAGCAUGUACAAAAUGUAA